AUGCAACAGAAGCAAAGCCCCACACACGAAAAACUCCAACACCAGUUUGUGGAAAUCCAAAAGAAAUACCAAACGGAUUUGGAGGUGUGGGUAAACAUGUGUCUGUCAGCCAUUGAACAAACAGAAACAUUCCCUCCAGUUGGUUCACAAACAUCAAAUGAAACUGAAGACAAAAAAACAAUUUUAGCACUGAGAGAAGAGCUCAAAAAACAAGCAGUGGAGAAGUUCAAUUUGGUUUCUGAGUUGCGAAAGAAAGAUGACAGAAUAUUGGGAUUUGAAAAUCUUGUAACACAAAAAGACACCGAACUGAGAAGACUGAAAGAACAACUUAAAUUAAAAGAUACAAAACAAAGCGAACCACCAAAGUAUGUUGAGUACUUUACUACAAAACAAAAAACAAUUUCAAGUGACUCAAAGGCAAAGACUGACGACUUUUUAAGAAAUCGACGAAAGGCACUUUGCGAUAGAACUUUGAGAGAAAAAGAGCAACUUUUUAGCGCAAAGAACAUUGCGACAAUUCAUCCAAAUAAAAGUGUGUUAUUUGAGGAGACUCUAUGGAAGAGUGAACGGCUCUGUUUAGUGGAAAGUUCGACCCCAAACAUAUACAAACGAAAAGUUCUCGAAAUCAUGUCGACAAGUCUUGAGGGGCAUGUUGUUGACAUAACCGACUUGGACGCUUCACAGCGCGAUAAACAAGAAUCAGAAAAGAAUAUAGAACAAUUGGUUGUAGUACCGCAUCACUAUUUUAGGAUGAAUAAGGCAAAGACUAUUUUGUAUGUCAUCUUUGCAAAGGAAGAACUUGCUGAUAAACCAAAAAUAGAAAUCAUUUUACCGGACGCCACGGUACUGCAAAUAGCAAAAGCAGAGCUUCUUCGAGAGAAUUACUUGAAAGUGCGCAACGUCUGGAGAAUGGCGUGUUAUGUUUUACUGAUUGAAAAAGACGAAAAACUGCGUGCGAUGGACUCGGGGUUUGAAAUACAGAAACUCAAAUUGUUUGAGAAAAUACGAAAAAUGGAAAAGGGGGAACAAAUGAAGCGACUCAAAUUGAUGAGUCGGUCGACGACAUGUUUACAUAAUAAAACGCCACGAACACAGGAAACGGUAUCGACGUCUGUUGAACUGUCAUUUGCAGCAUAUUUCUAUUCAGAUUUUUUGGUGUAUGUGCCCGAGUUGGAGAAUUACAUCAAAUUGCCUGAGACGUACAACAGUGUUGUCAAAUGCGAGAACUUGAUAGUGCAAUUUGACCACAAAAGGGAUUUGUUACUUGUUCGAGAGAACUGCUAUUUGUGUGUUUUUGAUAGCGAAAUAUUUGACGACAAAUUUGAGUUUCCUGCGUUUGGAGUGAAUUUAUUGAUUGACCCUCAAAUCAAAGAAGGAUACAAAUUUGUUGGGAAGUGCACGAUUGGAGAUAAGACCGUGUACGUCACAUUAAUGAAAAGUGUGACUGGAAGAACCCCAGAGAACUUCAAUCAGCAAAAAAUGCAAAAAUAUAUCGAACCUGAAAAUGCUAAUGUUAUUGACUUGAAAAUACCAAACGAGUAUCUAGACUUUGGAGUCUUCUAUCAUCAAGUCAAGAGUCGAAAGGAGAUGUUUGGCUCGGGCGGAGAGGUGGGGAGUCUCCCACUUGUUUUUCCAAUUCCCGUUCGAAGAGAUUUGCACUAUUUUGUGGCGUACCAAGUUGGAGAUGUUAAAGGAAAGGAAAAGUACAUUGUUUUCAAUGUCAUUGCAGGAUAG